ACCGUCUGUCCCUCCAAACCAAAACACCUCACCAACACCCAACUGCAAAGGGAUUUCGUCCAGCAUACAAUGGAAUGAAUCCCGCAGCACAGGCAGCAAGCGCCCUGCACAGGCUGCCCAAGCCAAUUGGCGCUGCCGAAUUCAGAGACGCCCUGCUGGCCAUUUGCCCGCCGCGAUUCCCAGCCGCCCGCCAUGCACGCCCGCAGCGCGUCGGGCUCGCCAUUUCGGGGGGUGUGGACUCCAUGGCCCUGGCGUUUUUAUUUUCCUGUCUCAUUCGAUCCGGUGAGAAGCUUAAGAUUGCCGAUCACCCCCUUAUGGGCGCCUACGGUGUCGUGGUUGACCACCAGCUGCGGCCCGGCAGCGAUGUUGAAGCUAGUGCCGUGGCCAAAUCUCUCAGCAAGAUGCAUCUGAGAGUCAUGGUGUCACGCAUGCGGUGGAAACAUGAGCGAGAAAACGGAAUCGAUCCUGCUACACUACCGAACCUAGAGAGCGCUGCCAGAAACAACCGAUACCAUAUUCUAGGUGCAACAUGUCACCAGCGCCACAUUAGCAGCUUGUUCCUGGCGCACCACCGCGACGACCAGUAUGAGACGGUGCUUAUGCGUUUGCUUGCCGGUCAUGGAUACCGCGGCCUCAGAGGCAUGCAAGCCGCCAAUGCAAUCCCCGAAUGCUACGAUAUGAGCGGUGUCCACAAGAGCGGCCUGCUUGAUGACCAAGUCAAGCGGCUUCCUGCAUUGAGCUUUAAGCCGACAAACAGAGAAAUACGCGGUUUGCGGCGAAGUUUGCAAGAUGAUGUCCGCGUGUCGGGCGACUUUGAGUCCAUCACGUCCCGCCUCGUCCUCAAUCAGACGUCUCGCUUUGCGGGCUUUGUUACGAGGACGCACGAUCCCAAUCAGCCCUACCUCAAGCCACUCAACAUUGAGGACGGUGGCGUUUGGAUAUAUAGACCGCUGUUGGAGUUUGAUAAGGAUAGAUUGAUUGCUACCUGCGAGGCAAACGGCGUUCCUUGGUUCGAAGACGCCACCAAUGCCGACAAGACGCUUACUACACGCAACGCAGUCCGCCACCUACUUCGAAAUCACACAUUACCCAAAGCCCUACAAAAGGAGAACAUUCUGCGACUGAGCAAGAGAGCAGAUAAACGCGCCACUCAAGAAGAGGACGAGGCAAAGAGACUGAUUCAACGCGAAGGUGUUGUCCGCAGCUUCGACUCCAAUGCUGGCACUCUUCGUAUACGACUGCCAACUAUAGAUGUCGGCCGUAAGCGACGCAUAAACUCGGCACAGCGAGACGCUACCUUGAAAGAGAAGCAAAAAGUUCUGGCCACUGUCAUGGUUCGAAAGCUCAUUGAAUUUGUGACACCGGAUCAGAGCUAUAUUCCCCUGCCCAAUCUGGACAACGUCGUCCGCCGGCUAUUCCCACAGCUCUUCUCGGACAGCAGUAGCGAAUCAUCUCGCAAGGCUUUUUCUAUUGCAGGCGUCCUGUUUGAGCCGCUACCAAAUAACCGAUGGCUGCUUUCACGAGCACCAUACCCUGCCAACAGACCAAUGCCUUCUCGACGGCUGCUUGACCGAAAGUCUGGUAAUCCAACCGUGCCACCACUAUCUGAGCUGUCGCCACUCGCCGACACACGCAUCAGUAAACGAGCAUCCUGGAAGACGUGCAAACAUCACCAACUAUGGGACAAUCGAUUCUGGAUCCGUCUGGCGAGCACACUUCCGAAUGCACGUUUUCGCAUCCUGCCCUUCCAUCCAUCCCAUUCGAAGCAGUUCUCGCGAGCGCUGCCCGAUGAAGAGAGGAAGAGGCUAGAAAAGGUUCUUAGAGCUUAUGCGCCCGGUAAAAUCCGCUUCUCGCUCCCUGGUCUUUACGCAGUCAAUGAGAAGUGGCUGGGAGGCACACGAGACGAAGGAAAGGACGUGUACCCAGAUGAAGCCAAGAACGUGGGCACGCUACUGGCACUACCCUCUCUGGGGAUGCAUCUUCCCGGACUACAGCGAUGGGUACGCUACGAUAUACGAUAUAGAAAUGUAGAUCUGGAUCUGCUUGUUAAGCGGAAACGACACACCUAUCUACGACACAGCGCCGCGCCUACUGCGCGAUGGCAGCGGCGGAGAGAAGCGCGCACAACAGCAGCCGCCUCUGAGAACAAAACAAUAGACAUUGCCACUCUCCCCUAAGUUGGAGACUAAAACCACCAUGUAUAA